UUAAUCGCACCAAAGUCCACUUUCUUCAUCCAUCCAUCCUAUCUUUUCACCUCACCCUCUGUUUUUCCUUUUCUCCUUUAUCAUUUCCAUCAUCAUGCCUUCAAACUCCGUAUUUCUCCUUCACAACAAGAAACCUAAUCUCUCCCAAAAUUCUCACCAAAUGGAUAAUCUUCCUCACGACGUUCUUUUCCAAAUCCUUUCUCGUCUACCCAUUUCAUCUCUCAUUCAAUUUCACUCUGUUUGCAGAUCAUGGCGUUUUCUCGCUCAAUACACUCAACAUUUUGACCAUAAACACGAUAAUUUCCGUUGCUUAAUCUUCCACUCUGAUUUCCCCAUCAGAAACCAUCUUUAUUUCGUCGAUUUCCCCUCUCUCACACAACAUAAAUUCUCUGUCAAAAGAAUUUUCACUCCUUUCGCCGCUACAAUGCCUGAAUACGACGUUGUAGGUUCUUGCAAUGGCUUCCUCUGUUUAUCUGAUUCUCUUUAUAACGAAAAGCUCUUUAUUUACAACCCCUUUACUCGAGACUACCUAGAAUUGCCCAAAUCCAAAGAAUUUCCAAACCCAGAUGUGGUUUAUGGAAUUGGAUUUCACCCACAAACCAAACACUUGAAAAUCCUUAAAAUUGUUUACUCCAAAGGCUUCCGCCGAAUCCAGAGACGGUUUCAUCACUCCGAAGUUCAAGUCUUUACUUUAGGAAGUUCUAAUUGGAGAAGCAUAGGCAGAAUUUUCCACCAUCUAGCUCAAGGUCAGUCGCCGGCCGCCAUCAACGGCAGACUCCACUGGGUUUCUCUGCCUCGCCGCCACUAUCUCGGUCGAACCAUCGUGUCAUUCGACGUAGCCAGUGAGGAAUUCAUUGACAUUCCAAAGCCGGAUUAUGGGAGCUUGAGUCGUUGCAAUUUCCAAUUAAUGAUUCUAAAUGAUUGUCUGUCAGCAGUUGUGUACUGUAGCUAUGGAAAAAUGGAGAUAUGGGUUAUGGAGCAGUAUGGGGUUAAGGAUUCAUGGGUGAAAAGCUUCAACAUUGGGAGCUAUAUGCCCAAAGGAUUGAAACAAGAAGGAACAGAGAUGUGUUUUAAGGUAUCGAAGAUUGUUGUAAAGGGCAGAAUUGUAAGAGUUGUUUGUGUUCUAAAAAGUGGAGAGAUUUUGUUGGAGUAUAGAAACAGAGCUCUUGUUGUGUUCAAUCCAAGUAGUGGGAAAUUCAAAGAUGUAAGUUUUGAGGGAAUGCCUAAUUGGUUUCAAACUAUUGUUCAUUUUGGGAGCUUGAAUCGAAUCGAUGCGCUGUUGGAAUAGAAACAGAGUUGAUUGCCUGUUUGAAUUGAAACUCCAAAUGGAGGAAUUGUUGAAAUGCUUAAGAAUGGGAUUCUGAAUUACAUACUCAAUUUCAUAAUCUACAUAUAUAUAUAUAUAUGUAUAUAGAUGAACUUUAUAGAAUUAAUGAUUGUAGUGAUUGUGUAUGAAGGGUUAGUGUUGCAGGCGUUGUAGUGGGAAGCUUUAAUUCUCAUGUGAAUAAGAAGAUUUAAUAAACUAUAUGAGUUUGUUAGUAUAUGUUAGACUUUUAUGGUUAUAAUGAUCUUGUAUGUUAACAUAAAUGGUUUGUGUUAUGUAUACAGUACAAAAUUAUUGA